AUGGCUGCCGAAAAUGUGCCCGUGGAGGAUGCGGAGAAGAGUGCCGCCAUCAAUUCCAACGAUGGCAGCAUCCACUCCGGAAUGACUCCGGAGGAUGCCAGAGUCCUGUUCAAGGAGCGUUUGUGCUUGAAGCUGGACCUCUACCUCCUAACGCCCAUGUUCUUUCUCAAUGUCCUGUCGCUCAUGGGACGCACGAACAUCGGAGCCGCUUUUAUCCAGCACUUGAUCCAAGACCUGCAUCUCGAUGCGAUGAAGGUGUUUGCGGCCACCACCAUCUCCCUCGUCAUGUUGAUUCUAUUUGAAGUGCCUAGCAAUCUGCUCAUGAAGUGGCUGGAGGUCAAGUUCAAUCUGAGCUACAUGCGCUACUUGAGUUUGAUUACUUUCUGUCUAGGACUUGUGACUCUGGGCCAGGCGUUUGACAAGACGUAUGGCGCGCUUCUAGGAACGCGAUUCGUCAUUGGCAUUUUUGAUGCCGGUUUGAUUCCAGGCUGCGUUUUUGUCUUGUCGCUCUACUACCCAUCCGUCCACAUGCAGUGGCGCAUGUCAAUGUUGAUGGUCGCCAACAUUGUCAGUAACAUUGUCUCUAACAUCCUUGCCUAUGCCAUCGCUGAAAUCCACAAUGGCAAUGGCUGGCAUGGCUGGCGCUGGAUCUUCCUGGUCGAGGGCUGCAUUACCAUGGGCAUUGGUCUGGCUUGCUGCUGGAGCAACAUCGGCCGUCCGGAGAAGGCCACAUGGUUGACACAGGAAGAAAAGGAUAUCAUCGCUACCAGCGUUGAGUCGCGCGUGUCUACCAUCGGCUUGGCUGCUGAGUGGAAGACGUUUUUCAGCAGCAUCCUUAACUACGUCUGGCCAUCGCUCUACGUGCUGACCUGCUCAACCACCUACUCUGUUGCCAUUUUCGCCCCUUCCUUUGUCAAGGCAUUCCGCCCAACUCUAUCAACCCCCCAGAUCCAGGGACAAGUCGUGCCCAUCUUCGUAGUCUCGGCCGCCGCUUGUCUGCUGGUUGCCUGGCUCGCAGACCGCUUUAAUCACCGCUCUGCGUUUGCCAUCCUUGGCUAUAUCAUCUCUAUUAUUGGAUAUGUCAUUCUUCAUUUCCCCAAGACAGACAGCUCCUCUGUCAAGAUGCUCGGCCUUUACUUUGUUUCCAUUGGCACUUAUAUCUCACUGCCUAUGGUGUGGACUUUGACCUCGCUCAACCUAGCCACUCCGCUACAAAAGGCCAUUGGAUCUGGUUUCGUGAUCGGUGUCGGCAACGUCGGUGGUUUUGUCUCAUCCUGGAUCUUCCGUACCUCCCAGGCUCCUUACUACACCUCCGGUAUGAUUGACGGUCUCAUCCUGACUUGCGUCGCUGCCGGUCUUACUGCGGUCACCUGGGCGUACAUCGAAUGGCACAACAGGCGCUCGCCGCGUGCCACAGACAACAUCGACAGCUUGACUAGCGGUGUUGUUUUCAAGUACCGGUCGUAA